AAAUUGAGCGGAGGGAAGCAGCGGAGGAGAAAGUUGUCGGAACCCGAUAAGCAGACAACCCGCUCAAAGCCAUCAUUUCCUCGGCUCUGCGUCCAAAGAGAGUGAAAAAAGAAAAGAAAAGAGUCCUAAUAAUAAGACCAACGCCUGUCUUCUUCGGGGGGUGCGAAUUCUCACCUUCGGCUACUGGAAAACGAGUGAUAUUCGACGUAGAAAACCACUCCGGACUUGAGAUCUUGCGUUCAUGUCGCUCUGACAUCCGUCGUUCCAGCUCCGCAUCCGUGUUCGAGGGUUUCCAAGUUUCGUAGUGGGGGGUGGUUUGUUUUUCUAAGCCUAAGCCCCAGCUGAGCUAGCGCAAAGGGCUCGCGAAUCCUUCGUACCAGCGAUGCAUACUGUGGUCAGGUCGCUGCUGAUCGUGUCGGCUGUGUCGGCCUGCUUUUUGCGUCUCGUGGAAUCAGCCGCAGUGAAGGACAAGUCCAAAGAUUCCGAGGAAUGGGACUUUGAAUUCGAGGAGCACUCUCACGACGAGACUUCCACGCAGAAAGAUGCAAGAAAAGAUCUGAAAGCGACCUAUAACGCAUGGUCCAUCGCUGAUGGCGACCUUUGCAAGACCGUCCAGUGCAGGCCAUCCCAGGAAUGUUUGAUACAGGAUGAAGAAACGGCGAUCUGUGUUAGUGCCAAAAAGGUGAAAAAGAUGAAGAAAGCUUCGUCAAACUACUGGAACUCGUUUGACAAGAAGAAGAGCUCCGCAAGUUUGUCAACAACCACGAGCACGACAACUUCAACGGCAAAGCCAUGGAGUUCGGAAGAAGAGGAUGAUGACGACGAUGAGGACCAGUACCUGGACGACAGCGAAGAGGCCAAGUGCCCGCCUUGCUCGGUAUUCAAGGCCGACUACAUCUGCGGGACGGACAACCAGACCUACUCGUCCGAGUGCAGGCUCCAGUACCACAACUGCAGGCAGAGGACCUCAGUGCAGAUAUCUUGUAAAGGGUUCUGUCCUUGCAAAGUGGUGAAAACCUUGGAAGACCAGCAGAGAGAGCUGCGGCAGAAGGCCCGGUGGGACCGCUACAUUGCCAAGCUCCAGAACACCAUGGAGAAGGAAAAGAAGCCUGCCAAGGACUCAAAGUCUAACCUUGGCAACAGGAUAAAGUCCAAGUUCAGUUCCAGUGGUCCCUGGUCUGCCAAGGAGAACCACAAUUCAGUCAUCGCAAGUAAAACUUCAACCCCAGCCUUGAAGGACAAAGGCUGCAGCAACGAAGACCUGCAGGCGAUGGGUGACCGUCUCCUGGAUUGGUUCUCGGUGGUGAUGAGUGAUCACCAGCUGAGCACCCAGGUGUCCACCAGGCGACGCACCCACAGGGUCUCCGACUACAACCUUCCGGAGUGCAAGCACGAGGUGGGCUGGAUGUUCCACCACCUGGACUCCGACGGCAACCUGCUGCUGACCUUGAGGGAGCUGUACGACCUUGAGCACGACGACCGGGAAAAGUGCCUCCAGCCGUACCUGGCCGUCUGCGACGUCAACAGGGACUCCUUCCUCAGCACCAUCGAGUGGUGCGCCUGCUUCAACAAGUCACAGAGGCCAUGUGCGGCAGCACUGAGGCGGGUCACUCCAGGUUUGGUCGGUGCCUACAUCCCCCAGUGCGACGAAGAGGGCUACUUCAUGCCGGCACAAUGCCACAGCAGUGCCGGAAUGUGUUGGUGCGUCGACCGCCACGGAGCUGAGUUUGCUAACACCCGCCGGAGAGACAGGCCCGACUGCGAAUCCCUGAUGAACAAGACGAACCGGGACAAAACGCUGGACGACGAUGACACCGAAGAAGACAGCGACGAGAACGACAACAAAGAGGAGGGUUCGGGGGACCGGGCGCAGGAGUUUUGAGCUUCUAUGCGGCCCAGGAGCUUUUGUAGUUUUCCCCGUUUCUUCCAGUGCAAUAGGCAGAGAGAGCGGGAGAGCGCAAGGCUACGCUAACCGUAGAAGUCGUCCCGAGAGCGUCACAGUCGUCUUAGCAGCGGACACUCCUCCCCUCCCUCCACCAUUCCCAACAGCACUGGUGGGUUGAGUAACGCAUUUUGAUUGGUCCCCACACUUCAAGCCCGUGUGUUUCGUUUUUCGCGCCGAUAACAGUCGCACUUUGGCGGCGUCGUUCAUUCUCGAUUGUGAUCUUUCUUUUCGGAGAAAAACAAAAACAAGCACCUCCUCAUUUUGUGGAACAGAGGACACAACAAAAUCCAAGUCUUCCAUUUAAGUUAAGUGCCAUCUUUUACUUGUUUGUUGGUUUUAUCUUGUGCUGUGUUACACAUUGCCCUUGUUCCUUGGUUGUUGGGUGAAGCUGCCAUGGUUUGACGGUUGUGGACUCAAAUCCUUCUUUUUUGCCAAAAGCGCGUGCAAAGCUCUGCGAGGCGAGCUCGUGUGAUAUGGCAUAGCUCAAUAUUAUUAAGAUUAGGAUAAUGCUAUGUAGAAUACCUGUCAGGUGAAAUAUAAAAAAAAAGAAAAAAAAGCAAGAAUUCUACAUUGUACUACUCUGUGAACAAAACAUCAUCCAUCCAGAGAGAUUUCCACAGUACGGCAUAAAACAUUUGGCCCUGUGUGAACUCGUGCUAUGAGCCACUUUCCACUUGGCUGCACAAUAACCAUCCUAACGCCUCGUUUUAAUGUUUACCUGUGUUGCUUUGGCUCACAUCCGUAGAACUAUGGCAGCUCAUUUUUGUAUUUUUUAUUGUUUCUCAUCCACAUUCCAUUUGAAUUGUCCUCCAGACGAAAAGGCCGACCUCUGCUGUUGGCAACCACAGAGACUCGGUUGCCGAGGUUUUUACGUUGUGUUGGUGAGUGUUGUGAUAAGCGACCGAGGUAUAUUUCGACGUGCAUACAUACCAUAUUUAAUCUCUAUGGCCUCCCUCCGUGUGUGCCAUCUCUAAUGUUAUAUGUUUUAGCACUUGUUACAUAUCUCCCUUACACGUAGACAAAAAACAAAGAGAAAAAGUAAAAAAAAAAGAAAGCCAUAGCUAUUGUUUUACAGACGUCGGUCUCCCCGAAUCCUUACGACGACGACAAGGCAUUACGAAGCAUUGCGUGCAUUUGCACGGGCGUGCUCUUCUCUUCGUGAAAGGAGCUCGUGUAUUCACUUUUAUAUAUGUCUUAGGUAGGGAUUCAUCAUGUCUGGUCCCUUCAGAUGUACAAACAUUUAGUAGUGCAAUCCACCGAUACCGGUUCCUUUUUGUGUCGAGCUAUUUGUGCGUUUGGUUACGGUGCCAUAUAUUGUACCCUAGUGUAAGCCGAGCGACGGCGCAACCGGGCGUAAUGGAAAGUUUCUACGUAACCGAGAGCAGCGGUGCACGACAACCUAAUAGCGGCACCAGCCGCAUUAAUUAUAUUUACUCUGCUACUCCGGGUUACAAGUUCAUCCAAGGUCACAAGCUUAUAUGACCGUGUAGUACUGCUUUCUGUACAACGCUGUACUAUGGGCCUGCUUACGAAGAAUCAAUAAAGAAGUGCACAACUGUAAUUCGAAAAA